GCGUCUGCGCACAGCUGUGCCUCCCUGAUGAUCACUUCCUGACUCGGAGUUAGCUCGGAGCUGCUGCUGCUUCUUGUAGCAUGUAGAUUAGAGCCUGAUACCACAGCAGGCAGCUUGAGGUGACUUUCCUGGGACAGUAAAGGGGAGUUUCGGUGAGAGUUUACCUCGACAUCAUGGAUUACUGGAGUGCCUUGGAGGUGUACAAGGAGAUGGUCCAGCUGUACCUGGAGAAGGGCCGACACCAGGUCAACUCCCACUGCGUGGACCUGGAGCCGUGGCAGAUCAUCGGAGCCACAGUCAUCACCACACUGGGAGCGGUCUGGAUAAAGGGCUUCCUGUUCCAGCAAGAAAGUCUCACGUCACGAAUCAAGAAGCAGUGCUUUCGACUCAUCAGAAAAAUACCCUUUGUUGGCGGAAAGAUUCAGGUUCAGCUCAACAAAGCUCUGGACGACAUGUCAGCCAGUCUGUGUACUCUGAGGAAUGGGAUGAGCUACACCAAACAGCUGCCUGCUGAGGGACUCUCUCAGAGCCAAGUGCUGGAUAAAAUUAGAGAGUAUGAGACUCUGAAUGAUGUCGAGUGGGAGAAAGGCUGCGUCUCCGGUGCAGUGUACUGGGGUGAUGAGACGCUGACCAAGCUGCUCGUGAAGGUGUACGGAGAUUUCGCCUGGAGCAACCCUUUACAUCCAGACAUCUUCCCUGGUGUGAGAAAGAUGGAGGCCGAGGUGGUUAGGAUGGCUUGCACACUUUUCAAAGGUGGACCUAACUCGUGUGGCACAGUGACAUCAGGAGGGACUGAGAGCAUACUGAUGGCCUGCAAAGCUUACCGAGACAUGGCCACUGAGCGUGGAGUGAAAUACCCUGAAAUUCUUGCACCUGUGAGCGUUCAUGCAGCCUUUGACAAAGCAGCACACUACUUUGGAAUGAAACUGGUCCACAUUCCCCUCAACAAGAAAACUAUGCAGGUGGAUGUAAAGAGCAUGAAGAGAGCCAUCAACAGCAACACUGCCAUGCUUGUGUGCUCGGCACCGCAGUUUCCUCAUGGAAUUAUGGAUCCCAUUGAGGAAGUAGCCAAGCUGGCUGUGCGCUAUAACCUUCCGCUGCAUGUGGACGCCUGUCUGGGUGGUUUUCUUAUUGUCUUCAUGGCCAAGGCUGGUUACACACUUGCUCCAUUUGACUUCAGGAUAAAAGGUGUUACCAGCAUAUCUGCAGACACCCACAAGUAUGGCUACGCUCCUAAAGGUUCCUCAGUAAUCCUUUACAGUGAUAAAAAGUACCGUCACUACCAGUACUUCGUAGCUCCAGACUGGCAGGGGGGAAUCUACGCGUCCCCCUCCAUCGCAGGCUCCAGGCCCGGGGGGAUCAUCGCUGCCUGCUGGGCGACCAUGAUGCACAUGGGAGAGAGUGGAUACAUCGACGCCACCAAGAAGAUCAUCGGCACUGCACGCAAAAUAAAAACAGAAAUGGGCAAGAUCAAAGGUAUGUUUGUGUUUGGGGAUCCAGAGAUCUCCGUGGUGGCGAUAGGAUCAGAUGUUUUUGAUAUAUUCCGUCUGUCUAAUGCGCUGACGUCAAAGGGCUGGAAUCUGAACACGCUGCAGUAUCCGUCCAGCAUCCACAUUUGUUGCACAGUUCUUCACACAAAGCCUGGCGUGGCUGAGCAGUUCAUCCAGGAUGUCAAGGAGCAGGUCGCCAUCAUCAUGAAGAACCCCAAAGAGAAAACCACAGGAAUGGGAGCGAUCUACGGCAUGGCCCAGUCUAUCCCCGACAGAUCGAUGGUGACAGAGAUCUCCCAAGGUUUCCUGGACUGUCUCUACAGCACCGAGGUGCCCAAGUCAAACACCAGCCACAUGAAUGGCAACGGCAAAGCCCACUGAAGCGUGAACGAGCCCUCCUGGCCCGACUCCAUCUAAUGCAGGGAAACACUUGACACUUCCCAAAGCUCUGAGUUAACUCAAUAGCUCAACGGUUGCCUUACCAUGCAUGUUUACAACACACAGAAACAUCAGAUCCUUAAAGCACAAGCCUUUGUCAAUUCAAGCAGCCCAGGGAAUCACUCGUGCCGCUGUGCAUCGAGUGUCUCAUCCCAAACAGGUUUUAGUUUUCUACUUUAAUAAUGAAUGUGUCUGUUUUUGUUUGUAGUUCAUUUCAAUUUUAACUUUUCUUAUCUGUCAUAACUUCUUUUAACUGCCUUAACAUUUCAGUUUGCUCUCAUCACUCAUCCUCAGUUUUUAAUGACAAAGCAAAAACACACACAGCUGCCUGUCGCACACUAAAAGCUUGUUAAAGCGCUGUGCUGCCCUCUAGCAUUAAACCCGAUGUACUACAUACCACAGGCUCCACAGGGAGAGACUUGUUGAAGGCGCAAGUCCUGAUUGUCUUUGCAUAUUUUUACAGAAAACUGCAUUCAGUGUCCUUACAUGGACGUAUGUGUGUGUGUGUGUGUGUGUGUGUGUGUAUGUCUUCUGUGAACUUUAGAUUAAUCUGUAAAUCAAUUGAAACUGAGAUUCUGCUGUUAAGGCAGUUUGUCUGUCAGCAUGACCACACAUGUCUGUGUUUUUUAGCACUAAUGUUCAUUUUGUUUGCAUCUCCAGUCCAUAGAUUUGUAGACGGACAGUGAAUGGUUUUUAAAUUGGGAGUUUUAGAUGUCAUCAAUACUCAAUGAAGAUGUCUCUUAGUUGAAUUAGGGAGCGACUGUACGGAGGACAUGAUUGUUUUUAAAAGCUGCUCCUCAGAGCUUCAAAAGGUUAUCAGCCAUGUUGUUUUUUUUAAUGAUUGUUAAAAUCAGAAAUGUCUCCACACAUUCGUCCUCGUCGAAUCAUUGAAAUUCUUCUAACAGACGUGAGGAGGAGGAGGAGGAUGUGUCUCCUCUAGGUUUGCUGUAUUUUAUCUACUUUGUCCUCUAGUCUGCAUAGCCACUUGUGCAACACUGUGGUUCAAUAAUUUGAUUCCUAAUCCAAUCUACCUCAGUUUUUAUUCAAUGCAAAUUUCAUUUAUUCAUUGAUUAAAAGAUAUUCUAACAGAGCAGCCGUGUUUUGUUUCAUAUCUGUUUGUUAUUUAACCCUCUGAUGAACUCUUCUUGGACAGACUUACACUCAAAGGUAACAGACUGACUGUGACGAAGGCUUCUGAUCCCCUGACUGAUAGUUUUAACAUUUACUAACAGAUUGCUAACAGAAGAAGAACACGGUGUAACUACCUAGAGGACCUUGUGUUGUUUUCUUUCUUUCUUGUCCUUUCAGAUUGAUAUUUGUGUUUUUUAUGAGAAAUUCCAUGUCUGUGCAAUAUCUAACUUUUUCUCACAUGACAUCAAACAAAAGGGAAAGCUCUACUGUGGUAGCAUAGCAUCAAAUGAGCACUUACCUUAUCUGCUAGCCUGUUUCUUUUUCUAUCAUUGUGUGAGGGUGACUGGAUGUGAAUGUAUUAAGGGUCUUGCAUUCUUGAGUUUCCCUCCUGUAGUCAGUGCCUAGAACAGAGGACAUAACAUACCACCUCUGCCUUUAGAUCAUACAUGUGCCCAUGCUUAGUCCUCCAGGGACAGGCCUACAAAAGACUUUUAAAAUAAGACUGUACGUGUUUGUUUUAGGGAGCAAAGGUGCAAAAAUAAAGACAGGAAAAAAAGUCUAAUGCCUUUUCACUUUAAGCAUUUACUGAGCAACGAUACCUGCAAAGAAAAUCCUAUAUGAACUGUUUGUAGCAAUAAUCAGCUUCCAUCUGUGUCCUUCAGAGGUUUGAACUCUUAGUACCAUUCUCAGGGAUAUGCCUUCAAAACAGGGAUACAGGUUUCUCACAUACACAGGCUGAAAAAUAAUACAAUCACCUUUAGAUUUAACAUUUUAAAUAAAGUCUAAAAUGAUUAACUCUGUCCUGAACCCUGCUCACCUGUCUCCUAUCCUGAGGUCUUCAGACUUCUUUCACUUCCCCCUGCACUUUGUUAUUCUCUGAGAUUCUGAAUGAACAUGUUUGAAAUGUUUUAUUAAUGCUCUGUCAUGUUAGUCCAUCUUUGAGCAAGCACUGUUAACCCUCCCUGUAGUAUUGUGUCAUUUAUACACUCACUCUCUCUCUCUCUUUCUCAAAUAAAAUGCAUUCUUAACGAUUA